UCCUAAAGGAUACAUACUAAAUGUCCUAAGACCUCCUGAGAGGAAGACUAGUCUUUCAGUAAUGAGCCAGCAAAGAGGCUCUCUACACAAACCGUUCAAAUAACCAAAGGAUCGAGAAUAAUCUCUUGAGUUUGAAAAACAAGUUAAAUUAUACUAAGUUUAUCCAAAAGAAGAAGCCUGCCAACUUCACAGACUAUGAGAAAGAUAUAGAAACGAUUAACAAUAAGAGGCUCCAAUAUGAUAUGAACGUAAUAAAGAAGAUCCUUCAAAAGAGGACAGAAGGAAGUUUACCAAAUCUUCACAGGAACAGAAGUGGAUCUCUACUGGAAAGUAUCAUUACAAAUUGUCACUCUUACGAAGAUAUUUCUCCGAGAGACCAAUGCAAGAUAGAUGAGGAUAGAUGAAUCGAAGACAUUAAGCAUCGCCACUACAGCCUCACAAUGGACAAAAUUGACAGAAAACUCCAUUUCAAAGAAAUGCAGAAGAACUUUGAAUAUCAAAUGUUCGCCCAUCGGCAGCAGAUCAUCCAUCAAGAUGAAGUUUCCAAAGAAUACCGAAGUGGGAUCAUGGAUCCAUGCAGAGCAGUAGCAAUGUUUGAGCGGACCCGCUCUCUUUACAAGAUAUUAAUGAACAAUAAAAUGAAGAACAAGCUAAAAUUAAACAUGAAGAAGGAAGUGGGCAAGCACAAAUUUGAUUCAGCAAUUGAUUAAUAUUUCAAUA